CGUCAGGGUCAGCUGUUCGAUGCGGAAGUAAACAACAUUGAGCUGAACGGACAAGCACGACGGAGGAAGAGACAGGUACCAGCUCUCCAAAUGACCUCUCUGAUUUGCACUUUGCAAGACCACCGAGACGAUGUCAACUGGUGUGCCUUCUCCGGCAACCUGCUUGCUACAUGUUCAGGCGAUAAAACACUCCGGGUUUAUAACACACGGGACUUCUCGGAGCUUCCCUUCUCACCGCUGUCAGGACACGGUUACAGCGUCCACUGCUGCUGCUUCACCACCUGUGGACAGUUUCUUGCCUCGUGUUCAACUGAUGCUACCACAGUCGUCUGGUCCAUGGCCUCUGGUGAGAUUGAAGCCGUCCUCGAGCAUCCUGGUCGCAGUCCUGUGAGGAUCUGUGCCCUCUCUCCUGACUCUGCACACCUGGUCUCUGGUGCAUCUGAUGGCACUUUAGCUCUGUGGGAUUUCCCCUCCAAACAGCUUCAUAGGACUGGAGGUGUGAAUGACACAACGUUGGUAGCCUGCUCCUUCAGCCCCUGCAGUCAGGUGUUCAUUACAGGUUCCACCUAUGGAGACCUGCGCCUGUGGGACCUGAACAUGAGGCAGCUCCACGCAGAGAAGAACGCACACGACCUGGGAGUCACCUGCUGCACCUUCGCUCCCAGCAUCCUCAGUGGUGGUCAAGUCGUGCAGUUUCGUCUGGCGUCCUGUGGGCAGGACAGUCAGCUGAAGAUCUGGGCCAUUAACAAGUUCAGCUCUGGAGGCUAUAGGAUGCAGCUCCUGCACACACUAACCGGCCAGUCAGCUCCAGUCCUCUCCUGUGCGUACUCAUCAGAUGGACAGCUGCUUGUUUCUGGCUCUGUGGACAAAACUGUCACAGUCUACGAUGCUAACAGUGCAGCUCUGCUCUACACACUGAACCAGCAUGAGAGGUACGUGACAGCAUGUUCCUUCUCUCCGACUGCACCGCUCAUUGCUACAGGAUCCAUGGAUAAGACUGUAAACAUCUGGAGGCUGGAGGACGGAUGCAGAGGCAGUGAUGGGAAACCAGUAUCAGGGAAGUCUGCUCGGACAUCAAGUGAAGGGAGAACGUCAGCAGGCCGAUCCAAGCUGUUGGUAGGGGAUUGGUCGGAGGAGGAUGUGUCAGCGUGGCUUGUGGAGGAAGGCCUCGAGGGAUUGGUGGACAAAUUCACAGCCAACAACAUAGACGGGACGGAGCUGCUCUGCCUCACCAAGGAAACACUGGCGUCAGAGCUGCACAUAGAGUCUGUGGGCCUGCGUAAUAAACUCCUGAGGAAGGUGGAGGAACUGAAGACUGAUUCAGUGUGUUCAGGCACUCCUGAUGAGUUCCUGUGUCCAAUCACCAGAGAGCUAAUGAGGGAGCCAGUCAUCGCUGCGGACGGAUACUCGUAUGAAAGAGAAGCCAUCGAGAGCUGGAUCAACACCAAGAACCGCUCCAGCCCCAUGACCAACCUCCCCUUACUGACCACCCUGCUCACCUCCAACCACACUCUGAAGAUGGCCAUCGGCCGCUGGAAGAUCAGCCACUAGCGUCUGAGAGAGCUCUGAUCCACAGUGUCUGUAUGUUUCAGUAGACAGAGACUAGAACAUGGUGCUUCACAGGGAUGCCAGAACAUUUCAGGUGUUUAGUCACGUUUGAGGCUUCUGUACGAAGCUACAUUUUGGACUGGAAAGGAUCAGUAAGGUUUAAUCAUAUUAAUUGGUCUUAAUAUACUUUAGUUCAUUUAAUUUACAAGUUGUUUGCUUGCAUUUGAUAUGGAUCUCAGAGGAGUGCUCCCUGGUCCUCCUGAUGGAUACUUGUUUAAGUAGCCAUAAGAAAUGUUUUUAUUAAGACUAACCUUUAUAGCAAGCUUCAGAUCUUUCUAGGUGUCCUGCCCGCAACUUAUCUGUUUUGGUUCUUUCUCACUGCUGCAGUUCCUUCUCAGCACCAAACAGAACACAAGACACAGCAAAAGACUAGCGGGUGAAUAUUGUUCCUACAUUUACAGUGGCUUUUCCAAAACUGAUUAUGAUGCUCCUCAAUUGCUUGAUGUUAAAAAAGCAACUUUGGUGAACAAGUUCAACAUAUAAACUUAAAUCGCGGUAAUAUUUUAUUAUUAUUAAUAAUAAUAAUAAUAAUAAUAAUAAUAAUAAUAAUACAUUUUAUUUAAAGGCGCCUUUCAAAACUCUCAAGGUCACCUUACAGAGCAAUGUAAGGUAAUAUAUGUGCAAAUGUUUCCGCUGCCUUCAAGUUGUCAAAUAAAUCUGUUACUGCAGGUUAAAUAUUCACUAGUAUGUCUGCUAUCGUCUUCCAACUCAAAAUAAGACACCUUUGUGUGUUUGCCUUGUUUUUUUUUUGGAAGAUUUAUUUUUUUACUUUAAUGGCGAGAUUGGACAGUGGACAGAGACAGAAAUCA